UUUUUACUGUUGAUUUUCUGCGCGAAAAAUAAUUAAAAGAAGUAUAAAAAUUGCUAUGCUUUCCGUAUUACAAUUUCAAUAUGUCAAGUUAUAUAUAGAUCACAUUAUAUCAUGACAUUUGUUCAAAGAACACUUUGUAUUGUAGCAGCAUUAAGUGGUUUACAAAUAAAUAAAUAAAUGAUAACCGAGUGUUUACAACCAAUAACAAUUUUAUCUAAUAUCUAAUAGUGCUCAAAGUAUCUAAUGUAAACAUAUUUGAUUCAAAAUGUUCUUUAUAAAUUAAUUUUCAUUAAGUACAUCAAAAGUAUAAAAAUUAUUAGAUAAGACUUCACUAUUUAAACAAUCGAAUAAAGGUUAUAUUACAACAGAGUCAAUAUGUUACGAAUUCACAAUGGACUAAUUUGUGCCUUAUUAGUCAUCAUUACCCUAGGAACUGCAGUUUCAAUAAAACUUAAUGGAGAAGGCAUUAAUUUUGAUCUAGAUCCGACAACGAAAGGAAUUAAAUUGACAGCUAGCACAGGCAACAUCAGUAAAGUAGUAGGAACACUAGGAUUUUCCCAGGAUUAUUCAAAAAUAAAUUGCAUCGGAGAACCAAUAUGCCAACUUAAUGAUGGAUAUACCUUACAAACAACUCUUGAAAGGGAUGGUCUUAGAAUAAUAUGGAAAGCACCAAAUACAACAGGUGCCUUCCAGGAUUGUUUUGAAUUAGAAGAUGGUGUAGAAUGGUAUGGAGGGCCACAAAGGAGAGUGCAAAGUUGGCCAAUCCAAAAACUGAAAAUAUCAGGUGAUUUACCUUAUGUUUUAAGACGAGAUGACAAUUCUGGUGUUGCUGAAAGGUACUGGCUAAAUUCUAAAGGAGCGUAUAUUUAUAUUAAUUCCAAGGUACCUUUAUUUGUUGACCAAAAUGUUAAACACAAGAACAAAGUAUGUUUUAUUGCUAAACUUGCCGGACCAUAUGUUAAUAGAGAACAGUAUUUCCUAGAUUACAAUAUUGUUUUAAAAAAUGAUCCCAAGGAAGCACAUCUGCAUGCAAUUAACACAUAUUUGGGCAAACCAACGGGUCACCCUCAUGAUGGGAUGAUAACUGAACCAAUAUGGACGACUUGGGCUAAAUACAAAAAAGAAAUAAAUGACAAAACAGUUAUUAAAUUCGCCAAUGAUAUAAGAAACCAUGGAUAUAAAAAAGGUCAACUUGAAAUAGAUGAUAACUGGGAGACUUGCUACGGAGCCCAAGAAUUUUCAACCACUACUUUUCCGGAUAUAGGAAAUACUGUUUUAGAAUUAAAAAAACUUAAUUUUAGAGUAACUUUAUGGGUCCAUCCUUUCGUUAAUAGUGAUUGUCAAGAUAACGCAGAUAUAGGACUAAAAGAAGGUUACUUCUUAAAAGAUAACAAAGAAAAUGCUACUGGGAGCUGGUGGGAUGGUAAUACUGCUUAUCAAAUUGAUUUUACAUAUGACAAGGCUGCUAAAUGGUGGUCAAGUAGACUGUUAAAACUUCAAGAACAUCCUGGAAUUGACAGCUUUAAAUUUGAUGCUGGUGAAAGUGACUACGCGCCACAGCCUUCAAAUUUUAUACAUGCGGAUAUUGAGGACACCCCUGAUAUUUUAAGUGAACGUUAUCUCAGAACUUGCGCUAAAUUUGGAUCACUUAUCGAAGUUAGGUCUGCUUCAAGAACACAAGAUUUACCAAUAUUUGUUCGAAUGCUUGACAAGGAUUCAAACUGGGGUGAAGACAAUGGACUCUACACAUUAAUCACCACUCUCUUUCAGCUGAAUCUGAAUGGAUAUACAAUGGUUCUUCCUGAUAUGAUAGGAGGAAAUGGAUAUAAUGGUACGAUUCCAGAUGCUGAACUACUUGUUCGUUGGGCACAAGCAAACACUUUCAUGCCGGCAAUGCAAUUCAGUUAUUUACCUUGGGAAAUCACGAAUGACACUUUUGAUGCUCCAAAAAUCGUUCAAAAAUUUGUGGAAUUGCAUGAAAAGUAUGCUCCAAACAUUAUAAAGGCCAUGGAACGAAGUGUAAAAAAGGGUUCGCCAGUAAAUCCACCUAUUUGGUGGAUUGAUCCCACAGAUAAGAAAGCUCUGGCUUGUGAUGAUGAAUAUCUAGUUGGAGAGGAAAUACUAGUAGCUCCAGUAAUCAAACAAGGAGCAACAUCAAGAAAUGUAUACUUGCCAAAAGGAGAAUGGACGGACGGUAAUAAUGGUAAAACUUACAAAGGACCUAUGACUCUUAAAGAUUAUCCUGCUGGUAUUGAAAUAUUGCCAUAUUUUUUCUUAAAAUCUUAAAAUCCUGGUAAUAUUGUAUUUUUGUGUUCUGAGUUUAUAAUUUAAAUUUUUUUUUUAAAUACAAAAAUUAAUAAAUAA